GCAAAGCCACAUGUUGAGCGACGCUUUUUCAAACAGUUCAGUGAGUAGGAUUGACACUGUUAUGUUAUUACUUUGUCAAAUAACUGUAGUUCAGGCUUUCUCACGCUUUUAUCUCAUGAUACUUUGAAUUGUUGACGAGUUUGAUAAAUAAAUGACUACUUUACAACGAAUAAAAGUUGACGUAUCUGCUGUGAUGUGGUUUAAACGUUUAAACGUCAGUGUUUAACAAUAAAACUCAACGAGGUGAUUUACUGGGUCUCGUUUGUAAUUUGAAACAUGCGCCUCUCCAUGCUUAAACUUUAAGUUGAUAUUGGAAGGAAUUUAUAUUCGAUUGUAUAGAAGGUAACGCAAAAAUAGAAAACAAAGGAUGUUCACUUCAAUUCCACAAAGCUGGCGUCAUACUUUCAUCGAGAACGUAACGUUACGGGAGCUAAACGACGCCUUAGUGACGUUACACGUUCCGGCAAUUGUCAUUAUUACGACGUUAAUGAUCAUAGGUGUUAUCGGCAACAUAAUAGUUUUACGUAUCUAUUUCCCGUUUUCCAAAUCUUUUUCCCGGGUGUUUUUUUUAUGGCUCGGUUUUGUUGACCUUAUUGCGUGUUUUUUUGGAAAGCCCUUGUUGCUGGUUAGCCUCUAUCAUCCGUACGAAUUCCCGUCAGUUGAGGCGUGCAAGACGUUCAGAUUUGUGCAAGUGUUUCUCGUCGCGGCAUCUGUGUUUAUAUUUGUAUUCAUUGCAGCUGAAAGACAUCGCGCUAUUUGCAGUUUUGAGGUGGUGAAAAUGAAAACUGCGCGGAUGCACAAGAUGUGUCUGAUAUCGUGCAUUUUUGCUUUCAUUGUCGCGAUCCCUGCAGUAGUUUUGUACGGCGAACGGACCGUGAGAACUGGUGUGUUUAACAUCACUGGUAUAGAGUGUUUUGUGGAGGACCAUUUUGAAGAAACCAACUCAAUUUUGCCGAAAGUAUAUUUCCUUUUCCAGUUCGCGAUCUGUUUGAUAGCGUUUGUGAUCAUGGUGGUUUUGUACAUUAGAAUUGGGCGACAAUUGAAAUGGCGUUUAAAAUUUUCACGAUCAUACACUCGUGCAAAGCCAAAAAUUCGUUCCUCUUAUUCGAACGAAUUGGUGUUAAACACUACAAAACUCCCCGAAGUAACAUCAACAACAGGAAGUCUUUUAAAGACGACACGUUCACAGAACAGCAAACAAUGUAGUGCGCAUGCGCCUUUAGAAACUGUGGACUCCUCCAGAAGUUGUCAGAUAGACCGCGUUGCUAGCGAGCUGACAACGAUGUUUUGUUGGCUUAGUGUAGUUUUUAUGUUGUCAUUUAUACCACACCUUACGAUUAUUGUUUUCCAAAUGUUUUCUCCGACUUUUACACAGAACAUGACACCUGGCGGUAUUAUAACUUAUAAUAUAUGUUUACGAACGUUUGUAAUUAAUAAUAUGGCAAAUCCAGUGAUGUAUUUAAUUUGUAUGAGAGACUUUAGAACCGAAUGUAGGAAAUUGUUUUGCAAAUUUCGCACAUGCUGUAGGCUUAAGUUAAGUCUUUGACUGAAAAGCAGUCCCAGUCAGUGCAGUAAAUGCAUAACGUAAGAGAGCCCAGUAAAUAUGAUGUGCCAUAGUGUUUUAUAUGUAUUUUUGUAAAUUGAAAAAAAUAAAAAUAUUAGAAAAUGUUAUUUUACAAAUCUAUAUGAACUUUGCUAAAAUUAGUAUCUGAUUUAUUAUCGGCAUAAUUGCAUGAGACUCUUACCGGGACGCAUCAAUAGUUACAACACAUAUAAUACAUAGAAUGUUAUACGGUGAAUCCAGUUGCUUAUGUUACAUCAUGUCAUUUUGAACAAAUAUAAACGGUUGUAUGCGUAAUUGAGACAUUUUAUUGAAAUGGAAAUGAAUUCUAAAUGUAAAAUCAUAAACGCCCUUUAAUCUUUACAAGCAUUUCAUGAAACGAGGAGUUUGCACUACGAUGCACUUCAUAUAUUUAGCACUGUUUUCAUCUGAUCCAUCCGUUUGAUAUUAUAGUUCAUACAGCUGGGACUUUUGUGUUUGUUAGCGUUUCAACAUUAGAUUUCAAUCAACAUAUGAACAGCUAAAAUGCCACACAUUCAUAUAAUACAUUAGAUAACAUACGAUGUCGAAAUAGAAAUUAUUUUGUAGCAUGUUGUGUUUUAAAAUCUUAGUACUUUUCUCGAAAACUGUAUUUACGUUGGUUAAGGUUUAGUACAAUAUAUAUUGCACUGAUAAUUAUUAUGUACUUGAAUUCUAUUGUUUGUAUGUCAGUUAGUGCGUAGCUAUAUAAAAUGUUGAUCCAUUUCUAUUGAAAUAACAUACAAACAGAUUGUAUCAACACAACUUAGUCAAUAUUGUUUACCUUAUUUAUCAUCAUUAUCGCCAACGUGUUUUUUCUUAUCAUCAUACAUCGUCAUUAUCAUAGCCUGUCGUCAUUAUCGUAGUGGUGUAGCAAAUAACCUAUUCAUGUAUUGAUAAUCAUACUUUUUUCAGUGUGUUAUUGCAUACUGUUUAUUAACUAACAUUUUCACCGUACGGUCCCUGUCAGUGUUCAUUCGUAGUGCAAAAAACAGUUUUCUUUG